AUGGAUUCUCACUCUUCUACUCCCUCGUGGUCCGGCCUUUCCAGAGAUCUGCUCCUCGAUAUUGUUAACCGCCUUGAUUCCCGUAUUGAUCGUCUUUCCGUCCGAGCUGUUUGCCCCUCAUGGCGCUCCAAGGUCCCUCCGCCGCCCCGGAGGUCCUCUCCGCCACUCAACCUUCCCUUUCCAGUGGGUCCCAACCCUGAUCUGAACCCUAGGCUUCGUGGUUACUUCGACUUUGCUGAGUCCACCGUCUACUGCUUUCAACCCCUCAGGAAAAUCUCAGGCGGUUGGAGGACUCCCAAGUGCUGGCUCAUCAAGAUCGAGGAGGCUGAAGAGCUCGGCACACCUGUAGUUCGCUUCAAAGACCCUCUCUAUCGCUUUGAUUAUUACUGUCGAGACUUGUCCCCACAUCUUCCUGAGCGCUUGAAUCUCCUUGAUUACAGGGUCUCUGAGAUUGCUAAAUUUUAUGAGCUUCGAUAUGCGUCUACUGGGAAACAAUCACUACCUCAACUGUAUUCUGAGAUACAGUCUCCAGACCUUAAAUCUCUCAUCGUUAAGAGAGUUGCUGUGUGUUCUGAGAGUGCUCAUUUUGCAGUUAUGACCAUUCACACGGGUGGCCAUUUAAGUAUUUGGAGAAAGGGUGAUAAGAAAUGGACUCGUAUAAAUGAUGGCCGAGACGUUGCUUCCUAUAACGAUGUUGUUUAUCACGAUGGGAAGUUUUAUGCUGUGGAUAACUCUGGCUUCACUAUUUCAGUGGAUUUUUCGUUGAAGAUUACAAGUGUUGCCCCAGUGCUGCCUCCUUGUGGUUAUAAUAAAGAUGAUGAUCGGGAAAAGCGCUUGGUGAAUUCUCUUGGAGAUUUGUUCCUCCUAGAUAAGGACCGUUAUCCUCUGGAUGUUUUUCUUGCUCGUUGUGACCCUGAUGACAGCAUGGGUGCUUUUCCCACAUAUUUUCAUGUCUAUAAACUGAACGAGGAAAAACGUCAAUGGGUUAGGGUGAAAAGCUUGGGAAAUAGGGCUGUGAUUGUUUGUGAUAUGUGUGCCUUCUCUAUUUCAGCUCAAGACUUUCGUGGGUUUAAGAAGAAUUGCAUUUACUAUUCUGAAGAUUGCUUCUGUGGUAGAGAUAAAGAGCCAGGCCAUGAUGCUGCAUUGUUUGACAUGGAGGAUUGUUCUGCCUGUAUGCUUCCAGGUGUGACGGGCUAUUCUGGAGUUUUCUGGCCUCCGCCGUCUUGGGUUGUGUCUGGUAAUGCAAGGGAGAGAAUACAAGUGAAGGAAGAUGAAGAAGAGGAUGAUGGGGCAGAUGGACUGACUCGGGGAAAUGACAUACUGACAAGCAGCGUUCUGGAGAGGGUCCAUUUCUGCUCACGACCCACAAUGGAGAAAGGAAGCCAGUGGGCUGGAAUGAACGAAUGCAGAAUUGACACGCUGGCGAUAGUUGACAGAAUCGGCGGUGUAACCAUCCCUUACUCACCAAAAAUUAUGACAAAAGAAGGUAAAAAGAAGCGAGAAAUUGCUCCUGAGAUCUGUGAACGGAAUUUUGCAGCUGCCAUUUCCUCACAAAACUCAAAUGGAUAG